AUGAAAUUGAAAAUUUCAAAGGCAUUUCCAUCUGGCAAUGGACAAAUUGCUUCGAAUUGUGAAGAAAAAUGCAUGUUAUCGUGGAUUCGUCCCAAUGACAUCGAAACAUGGAAUCAAAUGGAAUCUGCUAAAUUACUCUUUUCUCUUCAACUUUUCGCAAAUAAUGAUUGCUUCAUCGGAGCAGCUAAUAUCAAAUUUUUAGCACAAUUAGAUAAGAAUGAAUUUUGCACACCGGAGAAUCCACCGAUACAUAAUUUAAUUUUUGGUUCUGAGGAAGCAGCGGCAUUAUUAAAAAACGAUGUUCAAUCAUCAUCAUCACACUUAUCGUUGCAAACAGCGCUCGAAGUUACUGAAAAUAUGAUCAAUUUUGCGCUAGAUCGUUUCCAUGAAAAUGUUGCAUACGUUCAACUCAAACUUGUUAAUAAUAGCAAACGACAGAUUAUUUGGAAAUUAAAGACUAAUAAUAAAUGCAUUACGGCCUUACCUAGCGGAAGUGGACUGGUGCCAGCGUUUAAAAGUGUCAAAUGCAUGCUUUUUUGGCAACUACCGAAAUAUUGUUCAAAUUGGAAUAAAGUUGAAUCUGCUAAAUUGCUCAUAAACAUUCGAAUUUAUACAGAAACUGGAAAACUGAUUGCCGAAAAUAUUGCAAAAUACAUCGUGAAACCAAAUUUGGGUCAUAUUUGUACCACAUUGGACAAUAUCCCAACUCAUCAGAUUGUCCUCAUAUCGGAGAAAGUAUGCCGUCAAAGUGAAAUAAAUUCAACGAUCCGAUCGUUUAAAUCAACAGAUAAGUGA